AUGGCACUGAUGCGCCUUGUGCUGUUGGGCCUUGCAGCUGCAGGCGCUGAGGCGGGGGCCUGCACCCCGGUGGAUUCCUGCCCCAAAUUGUCGGACGGGCUCUACUGCCCAGUCAAUGAUGUCACUGAGCAUGGAGACAUCAAUCGUGAUGUUGCUUUGAUCAAGAAAUACUUGGACGAGACUCCUUUGAACUACGCCAUGGCCAAAGAGGUCUACACUAUGGGAAACUUCUCCUCCAAGGGCUUGGGGAACAUGCGAACCCUCCAGGAUCUGGCCUUGAAAGACAUGACCGUAGGAGGGAAGUACACCAACGUAUUCUACUCAGGGGCGCUUAGCCUCUACGGCACAACGUCUGCCAUCUGGCAUGACUACAUCCUGGCAUGCCUGGACAACACUGGCAUCUGCACAAACACGACAGACUCCUUCAGGCAGUAUGUGAUCAACAAAGCCCUUAUUGGUGUGGUCACUGCUUAUGCCACCUAUGAGUUUGGCGCAGCGGUUUGGAAGGGUGCCAACAAUCAGACAGCGGAUGGUGAGGCAGCCUAUGCCUGGGAUGAGGGCGCUGCUUUCUACAUCGGGAACAUCGAUCCAGUUAUAGGUGACGGCAUCACCGGUGGUGCGCCCGGCAAUCUCUACUCUCCAUACGAGUUCAAUUGGAAGCGCGAUUUCGAUUACCCCGAUGGCACCAACACGCACGCUGAAGCGGUGAAGAUCUUGAACUACGGCCUGAUCAACCUCCGCGGCGAUGCUUACAACGCGGACAAUGUGAAAGCAGCCGAGUUGGGUAUGUACAAGAUCUUUUCAAUCGCAGCAAUCCGCAGCGCCAUCAAGUAUGCUUACAAAGCUAACAACACCGGCACCAUGGUGCCAAAGUACCUUGCUGAAGGUUGGGCCUACUGGCGCUCUGCCUCCGGGUACAUGUCCACCUUCGACAAGACAACUGUUGAGACAGUGGAUGCAAUCUUUGCGUUGAACCAAACGUCCAUUCCAGAUGCAUGCCAGGUAAAAACAUUGGUGGAGUCCCUCUACCCAUCACUUGGAAUCACCUGUGCUAUGGUAGGAAAGUGGAAGGAUGCACCGGCCGGAGGCUGCUUG